UUCAGAGCUCCACAAACCAUGGAGCCUUUUGAUUCAUCACUGCUUCACACAGUCUCUGCCUUCAUGUCUUCAGGUACCGAUUUCCUUGUCAAACCCAUCUUCAUUCGUGGGUUUUCUGGUUCUUUACAUCUCCUUGUCUUGUUUGUGUUGCUUAUCUCUUGGUUGUGGAACAAAUUCAAGGUGGGUGAUGGGGGAGGGGACCCAAAAGAGCGGUUUAGGAAUAGUGCGACUCUCUACUAUAGGAACACUCUUAUCUGUUGUCUUGCUGUUUCUGCUAUUAGUCUUGUCUUUUGUCUCUUCAACUACUUUUCCUGGUGCAAACAUGGCUGGUCUCAAGAAAAGAUAGUGACCCUUUUUGAUUUAGCAAUUAGAACACUUAGUUGGGGUGCAGUUUUUGUUUACUUGCAUACCCACUUCUCUAGUUCUGCUGAAUCAAAGUUUCCAUUCUUACUCAGAGUUUGGUGGGGUUUCUACUUUUCCUUAUCUUGCUAUUGCCUUGUCAUAGACCUUGUUCUUUACCAUAAACACGUCCCUUUACCUGUUCAAUCUUUAGUUUCUGAUGCCGCCUUCCUUGUCUCUGCUUUGUUCUUUACAUAUGUCGGGUUUAUUAGGACGAAAGAGGGUAGAGAUAGCCUUCUUGAGGAGCCCCUUUUGAAUGGUGCUACAAAUUCUAGUAUAGGUGACACUGCAGAAUCAGACAAGUCUAAAGGGGAUGCAACUGUGAACACCCCUUAUUCAAAUGCUGGCAUUUUCAGCAUCCUCACCUUCUCUUGGAUGAGUCCUUUAAUUGCGGUGGGCAAUAAGAAAACAUUAGACCUUGAAGAUGUUCCUGAACUUGGCAAGGCUGAUAGUGUAGUUGGGUCAUAUCCUGUUUUUAGAAAUAGGCUCGAGUCCGAGUGUGGUACUCUUAGCAGAGUUACAACACUUCACCUGGUGAAGGCAUUGAUAUUCUCGGCCUGGAGAGAGAUUCUUUGGACUGCUCUCUUUGUGCUUCUUUACACAAUGGCUUCUUAUGUUGGCCCAUAUCUAAUCGACACAUUUGUGCAAUACCUCUAUGGGCGGCGUGAGUUUGAAUAUGAGGGCUAUGCUUUAGUUUCCACAUUUUUGGUGGCGAAGCUCGUGGAGUGCCUCAGUCAGAGGCACUGGUUCUUUAGGGCGCAGCAGAUAGGAGUUAGAAUAAGAGCUGUACUUGUUGCCAUGAUCUAUAAUAAGGGUUUGACCCUAUCAUGCCAGUCCAAGCAGUGUCACACUAGUGGUGAGAUUAUCAAUUUUAUGACUGUUGAUGCUGAGAGGGUAGGCGACUUCACUUGGUAUAUGCAUGACCCAUGGAUGGUCCUUCUACAAGUUGCUUUAGCACUCUUGAUUUUGUAUAAAAAUCUUGGCCUUGCUGCAAUUGCAACUUUAGUUGCAACAAUACUUGUUAUGUUGGCAAAUGUUCCUCUGGGGAAAUUGCAAGAGAAGUUUCAGGACAAGUUAAUGGAGUCAAAGGACAGAAGGAUGAAGGCAACAUCGGAGAUCUUAAGGAACAUGCGGAUUCUCAAGCUGCAGGCAUGGGAGAUGAAGUUUUUGUCAAAGAUUAUUGACCUCAGAAAGACUGAAACAGGAUGGUUACGAAAGUUUGUUUAUACUUCGGCCAUGACCUCAUUUGUCUUCUGGGGUGCACCCACAUUUGUGUCUGUGGUCACUUUUGUUGCUUGCAUGCUUUUAGGGAUCCCACUGGAAUCAGGAAAGAUCUUAUCUGCUCUUGCAACAUUUAGAAUUCUUCAAGAGCCCAUCUACAGUCUUCCGGACACAAUUUCAAUGAUAGCACAGACAAAGGUAUCCCUUGAUAGAAUUGCAUCAUUCCUUUCUCUUGAUGAGUUGAAGCCUGAUGUUGUAGAGAGCCUUCCUAGAGGUAGUUCUGAUACUGCAAUUGAGAUAUUAGAUGCAAAUUUCGCUUGGGAAUUAUCUUUGCCUAGCCCUACAUUGAAGAAUAUAAGUCUGAAAGUAAGCCAUGGUAUGAAGGUUGCUGUUUGUGGUACUGUUGGCUCAGGCAAAUCAAGCUUACUUUCUUGUAUUCUGGGAGAAGUUCCCAAGAUAUCUGGGACUCUUAAGUUGUGUGGGACAAAGGCCUACGUUUCACAGUCACCAUGGAUACAGAGUGGUAAGAUAGAACAAAACAUAUUGUUUGGUAAAGAGAUGGAUAGAGAAAGGUACGAGGGGGUUCUUGAAGCAUGUUCAUUGAAGAAGGACCUGGAAAUUUUAUCAUUUGGUGAUCAGACUGUUAUAGGGGAGAGGGGAAUCAAUUUAAGUGGAGGUCAGAAGCAAAGAAUACAAAUUGCACGAGCUUUGUACCAAGAUGCUGAUAUCUAUCUGUUUGAUGAUCCUUUUAGUGCUGUUGAUGCUCAUACAGGAUCUCACCUUUUCAAGGAAUGCUUGAUGGGCCUCUUGUGUUCCAAAACAGUAAUCUAUGUCACUCAUCAAGUGGAGUUCUUACCUGCUGCUGACCUUAUUUUGGUCAUGAAAGACGGAAAGAUUACUCAAGCUGGAAAGUUCAAUGACAUUCUUAAUUCAGGAACUGAUUUUAUGGAUCUUGUGGGAGCACACAAUGAAGCUUUGUCUGCGCUUGAUUCAGUUAGGGUAGGGCCGGUUGAAAAAACAAGCAUCAGCAAAGAAAAUAAUGAUUCGGCUAGUACUACUGGGUCUGUUCCGAAAGUAGACAACAGAGAUGACCAAGAUAGUAAAACAGAUGUAGGUGUGCCAAAAGCGCAGCUUGUUCAAGAUGAAGAGAGAGAGAAAGGUAAGGUUGGGUUUUCAGUGUAUUGGAAAUACAUUACCACAGCGUAUGGAGGAGCUCUCGUGCCUUUUAUAUUACUUGCACAGAUUCUCUUUCAACUCCUUCAAAUUGGAAGCAAUUACUGGAUGGCUUGGGCAACUCCUGUGUCAGAAGACGUGAAACCAACUGUUACAAGCUCUACACUUAUAAUUGUCUAUGUGGCAUUGGCUGUUGGAAGUUCGUUUUGUGUCCUUUUUAGAGCUCUGCUUCUUGUAACGGCGGGGUACAAGACAGCCACUAUACUCUUCAAUAAAAUGCACUUGUGCAUAUUCCGUGCUCCCAUGUCAUUCUUUGAUGCCACUCCAAGUGGACGAAUCUUAAACAGAGCUUCUACAGACCAAAAUGCAGUAGACAUGAACAUUUCAAAUCAAGUUGCUGCCUUUGCCUUCUCCAUGAUACAGCUUUUAGGAAUUAUUGCAGUGAUGUCACAGGUGGCAUGGCAGGUUUUCAUCAUAUUUAUACCUGUGAUCACAGCCUGUGUUUGGUAUCAGCAAUAUUACAUAUCUUCAGCACGAGAACUAGCAAGAUUGGUUGGAGUAUGCAAAGCUCCUGUGAUACAACAUUUUGCCGAAACAAUUUCAGGCUCAACUACUAUUAGGAGCUUCGAUCAAGAAUCUAGAUUCCGAGAUACCAACAUGAAGCUGAUGGAUGGAUAUGGUCGGCCAAAGUUCUACACUGCUGGUGCAAUGGAAUGGCUAUGCUUUCGCUUGGAUGUAUUGUCAUCCAUUACAUUUGCAUUCUGUUUAGUUUUCUUGAUCUCUGUUCCAGAAGGAGUGAUAGAUCCAGGCAUUGCGGGCUUAGCCGUUACAUAUGGACUUAACCUAAAUAUGUUACAAGCUUGGGUUAUAUGGAAUCUUUGCAACAUGGAGAACAGGAUAAUAUCUGUGGAGAGAAUACUACAAUAUACUACUAGCAUACCAAGUGAGCCGCCUCUGGUAAUAGAGUCUAAUAGACCAGAUCAUUCCUGGCCAUCACAAGGAAAAGUUCAUAUGCAUGAACUUCAGGUGCGGUAUGCUCCACACAUGCCACUUGUGUUGCGAGGUCUCACAUGUACCUUCCCUGGAGGAAUGAAAACUGGGAUCGUGGGAAGAACUGGCAGUGGAAAGUCAACUCUUAUACAAACUCUUUUCCGAAUAGUUGAUCCUGCUGCUGGCCGGAUUUUGAUAGAUGGCAUCGAUAUCUCUUCUAUUGGCUUGCAUGAUCUGCGGUCUAAGCUAAGCAUUAUCCCUCAGGACCCAACCAUGUUUGAAGGAACUGUGAGAAGCAACCUGGACCCACUCGAAGAGUAUACAGAUGAACAAAUUUGGGAGGCCCUGGAUAAGUGCCAACUUGGAGAUGAAGUUAGGAAGAAAGAAGGGAAGCUUGAUUCUGCAGUUAGUGAAAAUGGAGAGAACUGGAGUAUGGGUCAGAGGCAGCUGGUUUGCCUUGGCCGUGUGCUCCUCAAGAAAAGUAAAGUCCUGGUGCUUGACGAAGCUACUGCCUCUGUUGAUACUGCUACGGAUAAUUUGAUACAGCAGACUCUUCGGCAUCACUUUUCAGACUCUACUGUCAUAACUAUUGCACAUCGAAUAACUUCUGUUCUUGACAGUGACAUGGUCCUACUUCUAAGUCAUGGACUCAUUGAAGAAUGUGAUUCUCCUUCAAGAUUGCUAGAAAACAAGUUAUCAUCUUUUGCCCAACUUGUAGCAGAGUACACAAUGAGAUCCAGCUCCACUUUUGAGUAGUUUGACUGACAAAUGAUGAUCACGAAAAAGUAAUGGCGACUAUGAUCUACAGAAGUUACACUUGUAUGUGUGUUUUUAGGUGCUAUGUAAUAUGUAUUGAUGGUUUAGUACAUUCAAGGUGCUAUGUAAUAUGUACACUAAUGGUUUAGUACAUUCAAGAAGUUGAUGAUCAUGAUAAUUAUGAUCAAGUUAUAGU